CCCCCCUCCCCCCCCCCUCGCGCCUCUUAUAAAGGGUCUCCCCCCGGCCGUAGUCUACAGCGCGCGUGCGGGGGCAAUGAACGCCCUUCGGUAGACGACGUGUGUGAGUGAAUACGACGAAGCUCCUCUCAUCAACCGCGCCGACCGCUCCUCGAUCCGGGACACGAACCCUCCUCGCCGCCGACGCAUCUCGUGUAGUAGUAGUAGUAAACGCCAGCAGCAGCGCCAGACGCUUCAGCGACACCGCCUGACCAACUGAGCCAUGGCGAUGCGGGCGUCCAACCGCCUCAAGACGGCCUUCGCCCAGGGCCGCCAGUCCAUGGGCAUGUGGCAGAUGCUGCCGGGCGCCAACGUCUCGCGCCUCCUCGCCCGGUCGGGCGUCGACUGGGUCAUGGUCGACUGCGAGCACGGCAACAUGGACGAUAGCGCCAUGCACGAUGCCGUUCCGGCCAUAGCCGCGCUGGGCGUGUCGCCCUUGGUCCGGAUCCCGGACAUUCAGUCCUGGAUGGUGAAGCGCGCACUCGACUCGGGCGCACACGGCGUCCUGGUCCCGCUGUUGCGAUCCGUCGAGCAGGCCAAGGAGCUCGUCCAGGCCGCCAAGUUCCCGCCCAUGGGCCGCCGCGGCUUCGGCUCGCCCAUCGCCCCGGAGCGCUUCAGCCCCAUGCCCUCCUUCACCGAGUACCUGCAGCAGGCCAACGACGCCCUUCUGACCAUGGUCCAGAUCGAGACCCGCGAGGCGCUCGAUGUCGUCGAGGACAUUGCCGCCGUCGACGGCAUCGACGUGCUCUUCAUCGGGCCCUUUGACCUCGGCAACAGCAUCGGCUACCCGAUCCUCGACGGCGCCAUGGCCCCGCAGCUCAAGGACGCCAUCGCCCGCAUCCUCGGCGCGUGCCGCAAGUCGGGCAAGAAGUGCGGCAUGUACGCCACGAGCGGCGAGCAGGCCAAGGCCUUUGCGGACCAGGGCUUCGACAUGAUCUCCGUGGCGGCUGAUUACACGGCGCUCGAGUACGUGCUGAAGCAGCAGUUUGGCGCCUCGCAGGGCCAGUCCGCGACGUCCAAGACGGGCUCGUACUAGAGAGAGGGAGGCUGUUUGUGCCGUGACUCUUUAGGGUAUUCUGCUGCUGCAAGACGAAAUGCGAGGCCGCUGAAUAGUGGUCGGUUGGGCGGGCUAGCUCUCCUCGACCUGGUCCAUCUUGGCCUCGACCUGCUCAGGCGUGAACCUGUGCAUUAAUUUGACGGCCUUGCCAGCCGCUUCGACCUG